AAAACAAAUCUGCAAAACAUACUUUUUUUUUAGUAUAAUGAAAGAGAAAGAGAGAAUGCGUGCGUGUAGUGUGUGAAUGGUGUAUUUGUUUAUGUACCUCGGACACCAUUACUCCAUUCUCAGCACUCACCUUUUCACUUUUCCCAUUCUUAUUUAUUUUUUCGUUUACCAUACAUUUGCUAGAAAAUUCGUACAACUUCUAUACUCUAUAUUAUACUAUAGUGCGGCUUUUUGAGCGCCGGCGAUGACUGUCCGGCUAAUGACUGCGGUGGCGGUCGCAGUCGCUAUUGCGGCCGCCACUUUCCUGUCGACGGUGCGUGGCGCCGGAAUUCAAGGAGUGCUUACUCUGCAGAGAGCGUUUCCAAUUGAUGAGAAGGUGGAGCUCGAGAUUAUUAAAGCUCGGGACCGUGCUCGCCACGCGCGUAUUUUGCAGAGCUUUUCCGGCGGGAUUGUUGAUUUUCAGGUCGUCGGGACCUUCGACCCGUACGUCGUUGGACUUUAUUUUACGAAAGUGAGAUUAGGAACUCCACCACGGGAUUUCAAUGUGCAGAUUGAUACUGGAAGCGACAUCUUGUGGGUUGCUUGCAGUUCUUGUACGGAUUGCCCACAGAGUAGUGGAUUAGGGAUUCCUCUCAAUUUCUUCGACCCUGCUGCAUCUUCUACUGUUUCCUCUAUGUCCUGCUCAGAUAAUAUAUGUGCUUCCAUAGUUCAAAGUGCAGCUGCUGAAUGCUUUGGUGAAAGCAAUCAAUGUGGCUACUCAUUUCAAUAUGCAGAUCAAAGUGGCACAGCUGGUUUUUAUGUAUCCGAUCUGCUGUAUUUUGACUCAAUUUUGGGAACUUCACUAGUCGCCAAUUCCUCUGCUCCUAUUGUCUUUGGGUGUAGCACCUCUCUUUUUGGAGACUUAGCCAAAUCCACUAAAGCACUUGAUGGAAUAUUUGGGUUUGGCAGACAGGAUAUUUCUGUGAUCUCACAGUUGUCAUCGUACAAGAUUGCUCCUAAAGUAUUUUCCCAUUGCUUAAAAGGAGACGGUAACGGUGGAGGUAUAUUUGUUCUUGGUGAGAUACUGGAUCCAAGAAUAGUUUAUACUCCCCUCGUUCCCUCACAGCCUCAUUACAGUUUAUAUCUGCAGAGCAUCGCUGUCAAUGGUGAACUGUUACCUAUUGACCCAACAGUUUUUACAACAUCAGUAAAUCAGGGAACAAUUGUUGAUUCUGGAACAACUUUGGUCUACCUUGUGGAAGGAGCUUAUGAACCUUUUAUUGCUGCCAUAACAGCUGCUGUUUCAACAUCCGCUUCCUCAAUUAUCUCCAAUGGAAACCAAUGCUAUCUAGUCUCUACAAGUGUGGCUGAGAUUUUUCCACCAGUUUCUUUCAAUUUUGCUGGGGGUACGUCCAUGUUUCUUAAACCCAUUGACUACCUCGUGCACUCAGGCUUUUUUGAUGGUGCUGCGAUGUGGUGUGUUGGCUUCCUUAAAGCUCCAAAGCAAGGCACUACAAUUUUAGGAGAUCUCGUUCUCAAAGAUAAAAUCUUUGUCUAUGAUUUAGCUCACCAAAGACUAGGAUGGGCAGACUACGAUUGUUCUUUGUCAGUGAAUGUUUCGUUAACUCCCAGUAAAGAUGAAUUCAUGAAUGCUGGACAGCUGAGCGUGAGCAGCAGCUCAUCAAACAUCACAAUAUUCAGAGUAGCCCUGCUGUAUAUAUUAGUGGCCAUUGCUUCUCUCUUCUUGUAAAUCAUUUUUCCUGUUUCAUUAUAGUCGUCGCUGAUUAUUUUGUAGCAUUUGGCAGCCAAUAUGGUGUCGUCUUCCCUUUCCAAGAAAGGAUGAUGAAGUAGGAAUAUUUUACCAUCUCUUUUAUUUUAUUCUUUUUUCAUAUACCUCAGAUAUUCACAGACAGUUUACCACCUA